AUGAUUAUCAUCUCUUUCUUUGUGUGCAUCCAAACCCCCUCUUUAUUUCCUAGGUAGUAAUCUCCACCUGUCAUCGUACUUCUUCCCGCCACCCCCGCCGACUAAGUGAGGAGCUCUCGGAGCUUCUCCAUCUUAGCUUUCCCCAACCUUCGAAACCCGAACAACCUGGUCAACCUUUUCAAACUUUACCAACUCACGCUCGAUCCCUCUUCUUUUUCCUUUUCUAAUCCCUAAACUGUUUUACCCCUGAUUGACCCUCACGAAAACCAUUCUCUCACCUUACACAGAGAUGCUGCAGUGCUGGUGAACGUCAACCCGUUUUCGUCCGCUCGAACUGUCCGGUCCAGGACUCCUCCUCCAGGUACCACAGUCCCCGUAGGGACCGCCUUGUUGACGGGGGCCAGUCCGAACUGAAUUGUCGCGCCACUGAACAGCGCGUACCCUCUCCCCCUCUUCACAACCCACGAUAGAUAUAGGCAUCGGUCGGGCUCAAUCCUUUCUCUCCUCCGUGGAAAGAUUGAGAAUUUGUCGCGUUGCCUGAUUGUCCUGGAAGGAGAGACAGUUGCCCGGAAUCUCGUUUUUUGUUGAGGGACGUCAUGGCGUCCGAGCGGAGUGCCGUUUACUGCACGCUCCUGUUGAGCGAUUCAUACCUGCCGGGUGCUAUGGUCCUGGCGCAUUCCUUGCGCGACAAUGGCACAAAGGCGCGAUUGGUGGUCUUGUACACACCGGAAAAACUGCGGGAAGCAACAAUCAACGAGUUAAAGACCGUCUACGAUGAAUUGAUCCCAGUGUCCUCACUGGUCAACGGCACCCCCGCAAACCUCUGGUUGAUGGAUCGUCCGGAUCUCAUCGCAACAUUCACCAAAAUCGAGCUCUGGCGCCUGACCCAAUUCACGAAAAUCGUCUACAUCGACUGCGAUGUCGUGGCCGUCCGCGCUCCAGAUGAACUGCUCAAGCUCGAGGUCGACUUUGCCGCGGCACCGGACGUCGGCUGGCCAGAUUGCUUUAACAGUGGGCUGAUGGUGCUGCGACCUAAUCUGCAAGAUUACUAUGCACUGAAGGCGCUGGCGGAACGGGGCAUUAGCUUCGAUGGUGCGGAUCAGGGUCUGCUCAAUAUGCAUUUCCGGGACUGGCAUCGGUUGAGCUUCACGUAUAAUUGUACCCCGAGUGCGAACUACCAGUAUAUCCCUGCGUAUAAGCAUUUCCAGGGGUCGAUUAGUUUGGUUCAUUUCAUUGGGGCGCAGAAGCCGUGGACUUUGCCGCGACAAGUGGUGCCGUUGGAAUCGCCGUAUAAUCAGUUGCUGGCUCGGUGGUGGUCGAUUUAUGAUAGGCAUUAUCGGCCGCCGUUUGUAUCUACUCCCCAGCUUGAGAGUGGCGCGCGUGCUUAUCUAGGUCGUCCCCUGUCGGCAUCAAGUCAUACGCCGAAGAGGGUUCAUUUCGAGGAACAACCUGGGGAAACCUAUGGUGAAGUGGUGACAGAACCUCAAUAUGUUCAACCUAGUGACGAUACCCCCGCAAACUUCCAUUAUGAUGCUGCUCACACCCAUGACAUGCCAGCUCCCGUGCCAGUUGAACCACACACAUCAGUCGGACAACAGGCACAAGAUACUACCUGGCAGCAAGAUUCCGGUGACCAAGAAGCUACUCAUGAUACCCAGCAGACAGUACAGGGGUAUAGUGCACCAGUGAUUCCAGUACUGAGCGCAGUCCCGCAGUAUGUACGCGGCGAAGAACAUGUUUCGACAUACAUUCCGCCACUGCCCCAUGCUCAAAUACCGGCUUUCCAAGUCCAGAGAGAAUACCACAGCCAUUACCGCAGCUCUCACCAACAGCAUGAAACCAGUCAUCACCAGCAACCUGACGCUCCUCCAGAGCAGCACCACCACCCACAACCUCAAAGCUCGGGUCCAACUAUUCACCACCCACAACCCGUAGCACCCCCGAGACCUGUGAAUGAGCCGCGCCAACCUUCACCUCCUCCAGAGCCAGAGGUCCCAUCUUUCGAAGCGCCUCGAGCAGAAUGGGAUGCCUCACGAGAGCCACCACCACUGCAAUCCAGGCCAGAGGCAGCCAACCUCCACCACCAAACUUACGCCAUGUCCGAAGAUACGGCGCUGUUCCAACCACCGCCGUCUUACCCUGAGGCACCUAAAAACAUGUACUAUCAAGUUCCUCCGACCAAGCCAGAGCCACAGCGGGUGACACUAUUAUUCCCUUGGGAAACCCAUGCGCCCAAACCCACCCGUAUCUUUGCUCCAGAGCACCCUCUCCCUGAAGCCUCAUCACUAGAAGAACCUCUCCCAGUGCCACCCAGCGAGUCACCAUCUCUACCUGAGAUCUUACCACUCCGAGUCCCCUACGAGCCCUCCGCCGAGACCUGGGAUUCAUACACCCGCUCCAACGCAUGGGACGAAGACCCGCAUAUCCAACGUUAUAUCGAGUCGAUUCAACAAGCACGACGCGCCCCCACACAAGUGAUAUCAGGAUCCAGCCACCCAAGCACGAGCACACGGUCCAGCCAAGACCUCACCAGCUCAUCCACAACGACCAUCUCAGGACCCCCCUCCGGCCACCGGCCAAGCAUCAUUCUCACCGACUUCCCCACCGAAGUCGAGCGCCCCAGUCUACCUGUGACGCCUGCGCCAAUCCAUCGCAACAGAGGCAUUGGCAUCGGCGGCGACGGCGACGGCGACGGCGACGAGUAUGAUGCUUCCGGCACGGCUGCCCUCCCUGCUGCCGAGGGGGUCCCAAGCCAGCAGGACUGGGUGGGUGUCACGGUUGAUGCGUUUUCCGAAGUCCUCCGAGCAACGUACUUAUUAUGGCGGUUUACAGAAUCCCCUGGCCAGUCUGGAAGAACUGCGCCGCCGGCAGUCCGAGGUUUUGGAGCACCCCGAGCGGUUAGAUGAGCGGCUUGCUGCGGUUGCGAGAAAGCCCGGGACUUAUUCUACAGAGUGAGGAUAGGCCUCGUUUGCAUUUACUAAUGAUUGGCCCUCCGGCCCCGGGGGUAGCUGCAUCUACAUCUGCUUUGUGUAGAAUGUAGUUGCUAGUGGGGAACGUGCAGUUCCUGAUUUGGAAGUAUGAUUAUCGUGUUUUGGCGAUGAUUUAGCGGAGAAACUCCUAAUUUUUCUUUCUUUGUUGUUUCCUCUUCUUUGCAGCCUCUUUUACUUUUUCAUUGCUCUGCCUGAUUUCCAUUUUUUCCCUUUGUGUCCUGUUUGAGAUACUAGGGCGUCUUGCAUACGUCCCAUUUUGCAUUUUGUACAUUGCAUCAAGCAUCAGCUCGUCCACAAUGAAUUUCUAUCUUCCGCAUUCCAAACAUCCAUUUAAGAGCUUCUUCCCCCAUGGCCAUCGCUUAAAUUUCCUUUAUUUCCAAAACAAUUUCAUUGUGGAUGUCUUCCCCACUCACAAUACACUCUUAUCUCCAAUGCCGACCACAAACCCCGAACAUGAAUAAGGCCGGCGAUCCAGCCAAGCUCGCUAGGAGAAGAAUUACUCCUUGUCCCGCGUCCUUAUUCUUCACCACACAAAUAGACCUGCCUGAUUAUAUGAUAGGACCGACAAGCCGCGGGCCUAGGGGCGCCAGAUUAACUAGAGCCUAGCAGAG